AUGGAGUUGGAGGGGCUGUGGGCGCGGGUGCUGCACGGCGCGGCCUCCGCCGCCGCGCCGUGGGAGUGGGACCGGGCGGCGUGGGCGGCGGUGCGGGCGCGCGCGGUGGCGCCGGCGCUGGAGGCCGCGGUGUGGGCGUGCCUCGCCAUGUCGGUCAUGCUCGUGCUCGAGGUGUGCUACAUGAGCGUCUCCAGCUUCGUCGCCGUCAACCUGCUGCGCCGGACCCCGGAGCGGCGGUACCGCUGGGAGCCCAUGCCCUCCGGGACCGCCGGCGGCCAGCAGGACGAUGAGGAGGCCGCGGUGGGCGGCGAGGCGUACCCGAUGGUGCUCGUGCAGAUCCCCAUGUACAACGAGAGGGAGGUCUACAAACUCUCUAUUCGAGCAGCAUGUGCCCUCACAUGGCCGCCCGACCGUAUUAUAAUCCAAGUCUUGGAUGAUUCCACCAAUCCAUACAUUAAGGAACUUGUGGAGCUUGAAUGCAAGGGUUGGGCCAGCAAGAAAAUCAACAUAAAAUAUGAAAUUCGGCAAAGUAGGAAGGGAUACAAAGCAGGAGCCCUGAAGAAGGGCAUGGAACAUAGUUAUGCCCAAGAAUGUGAUUUUGUAGCCAUCUUUGAUGCAGAUUUUCAACCUGAACCUGACUUCCUUUUAAGAACUAUACCAUUUCUUGUGCAUAACCCGAAGAUUGCUCUGGUACAGACACGUUGGGAGUUUGUGAACUACAAUAUUUGCCUACUGACAAGGAUACAAAAGAUGUCACUAGAUUACCAUUUCAAGGUAGAGCAGGAAUCAGGCUCAUCUAUGCAUGCCUUCUUUGGUUUCAACGGUACUGCUGGUGUGUGGCGGGUAUCAGCUAUUAGGGAAGCAGGAGGAUGGAAGGAUCGCACCACUGUGGAAGACAUGGACUUGGCUGUGCGAGCAAGCCUCAAGGGAUGUCAAUUCCUGUAUGUUGGUGAUAUAAGGGUUAAGAGUGAACUCCCAAGUACCUUCAAGGCCUACCGUCAUCAACAGCACAGGUGGACUUGUGGUGCUGCCAACCUCUUCAGAAAAAUGGCCGGGGACAUUGUUAGAAGCAAGGGGGUAACUGUAUGGAAGAAGCUUCAUCUUCUGUACAGCUUCUUCUUUGUCCGAAGGGUCAUCGCUCCCAUCCUAACAUUCCUGUUCUACUGCGUCGUGAUCCCAUUGUCCGUCAUGGUCCCUGAAGUCAGUAUCCCUGUCUGGGGAAUGUUCUACAUUCCCACUGCCAUUACCGUCAUGAACGCCAUCAGAAAUCCAUGGUCUAUCCAUCUGGUGCCAAUAUGGAUCCUGUUCGAGAACGUCAUGUCAAUGCACCGAAUGCGCGCGGCACUGACUGGGUUGCUGGAGACCAUGUACGUGGACGAGUGGGUGGUCACUGAGAAGGUGGGCGACCAUGUGAAGGACAAGCUCCAGGUCCCUCUCCUUACACCGGUGAAGCCAACCGAGUGCGUCGAGAGGAUCUACGUGCCUGAGCUCCUGGUCGCGUUCUACCUGUUGCUAUGCGCGUCAUACGAUGUCGUGCUCGGAGCCGGGCACUACUACCUGUACAUCUUCCUCCAGGCCUUCGCUUUCCUCGUGCUCGGGUUUGGCUUCGUCGGCACCGCGACACCCUGUUCUUGUGCAUAG